GUAAGAAUAAAUGCAUCCAAUGUCCAGUAAGAUAAUCUUCAGAUUAGACCGGUAGAAACUCAACUAUACUGGAAAAGAUUAAUCUUCCUUAUGAUUAUCUCCUUCAGGAGCUCGUAAAUACUUUAUAUUGUGACAGGAAAGUUAAACGUGAAAAGGAUUAAUACUUUAUCACGUUCAGGAAUUAUUCUAAAGACAGAGGCAGGCGAAUCCCCUUUCUUCGCCAUUCUUACUCAACAUAUAUUCUCUGAGAUAGAAGUUCCAAAGGUCUGACGUUAUUUUAAUAUCUUGAUAUAACUAGAACAGAGAGAGGUAGGCAUUAGAAUAUGAAGAAGUUGCAAGAAGCAUGCGAGGCAAGGUUUGAUUCUGCGAUAAACUGAAGAGCAAAUUCGUUGUUAUAUUAAUAAAACAGAAGUUCGCUGGGAAUGGAAUGCGUAAAAAGUACAGAACUGAUCGACAACAAUCUUAAAAUACCAAGCAAACUGAGAAUUAUAAAAAAUGUCUCGAUCGUUUCAUUUGGUUAUGUACUACUCUUCACUGCGUACAAUGCUCUUAGCAUGCUUCAGAGUACCAUGAAUCAAGACGAAGGCAUUGGUGUCAUUUCUCAAGCUGUUACUUACGCUGCUUUCUGUAUAUCCUCUCUUUUAUUACCCAAGUACUUCAUCACAAAAUAUGGGUGUAAGUUAACGAUAUUAAUAUCCAUGAUUUCCUAUGUGCCAUAUAUUGCUGCUAACUUCUAUCCUCAUUGGAUUACUUUGAUUCCUUCAGCAAUAUCGGUAGGAUUAGGCGCUUCUUUGCUUUGGUCUUCACAAUGUACAUAUUUCAACGAAUCCUCUUAUAUGUAUAGCCUUCAUCUUACUGAAUCCACAAGCCAAGCUUCAGAAGAAACAUCCACCAAUGCUUCCGAUAAUGUCUGCUAUUUAAGAGUUUCAGUAGAAAACCUUAAACGCCAGCAUCUUCCAAAAAGUGAUAAAAGUAGCAAACACACUUCUCAUUUCCCUAUUAAGCAUGAAAUGCAGCAGGUGAAUAACAAACAAAAAGAAAAAAUAUUUACCUCGAAUGAGUCAAAUAAUUAUAAAUGCAGAGUAGUAAAUGUCGUAUCAAAUGAUUUAGGAAGUACAAAAUUCAGUGCAUCCAAGUUUAAAGCUAAUCUUUCUGAAUUAAAAGGCGUUUCAGACUUCCAGUCUGGUAGUGUCUUCCCGUCAACAAAUACUGGCAAUGUAUAUGAUAUCGCCAAAUUUCAAAAACAACAACCCAAAUGUGAAUCAUCUCACGUUGGAAAUAUAGUUACAACACCAAACAAAACCAAAAUAUUGGAGUCAACAACAGCCCGGUUUUUUGGAUUUCAUGGACUGGCAUACCAAUCAGCUAACAUUUGGGGCAAUCUUAUGUCAUAUUAUGUGUUGAAACAAAGCACAGAAUUUCAGAAUAAUACAUCCAACACCAGUUUCCUGUGCGGUGCUGCUUUUUGCAAUCUAAAGCAAGGUUCAAACCCAGAAAAAUUUAUGGAACCAAGCAAUGAAAUGAGAUACCUUCUCACCGGAAUAUCUGUGACCCUCGGAUUAUUUGGUAUCCUUCUGGUACUAUUUUUCCUAGACCGUCUAGAAACAAAUAAGGAACCAGAACCAUUUUCAUUAUCUACGUUGACAGCUACAUUCAAAUUUGUGAAAAGAAAAGAAAGUUCUUUCCUAAUACCUAUAUCAUUUUACAUUGGGAUGGAACAAGCAUUUUACAUUGGAGAUUAUACGGAGUCAUACAUUGGAUGUGCAUGGGGCACGUACCACGUCGGGUUGGUGACCAUUUGCUAUGGCUGCACAUGUGCUGUUUCUUCAACGCUGUCUGGUUGGCUCGUGAAGUAUGUUGGGAGGAUGACCAUCAUUCUUACAGCGGCGACUGUGAAUGUGGCAGCAAAUAUAAUUCUUCUACUAUGGCACCCUGACUCAACGCGUCCCGAAAUGUUCUUCAUUGUUGCUGCUAUGUGGGGAAUAUUGAGUGGGAUUAUUUGGUCUCAAAUACGAGCUUUUUAUGGGAUUCUUUUCAAGAAAGAUGAAGAGGCAGCAUUUGCAGGGUUUUACCUCUGGGACUCCCUUGGUUACUGUUUAGCUUUCUCAUACAGCAAUUACAUAUGCACUUCGCUCAAAAUUUACAUCUUAUUGGUAGUAUCCUCAGUUGGAAUUCUAGGAUACCUGAAAACAGAAGUCAUGCACUCCCGGAAGUCGGCAAAAUCGGAGAGAUGAGAGACUAUCUUUUUUUCCUACAAAUUACACUGAAUCUCAUUUUUAAUCAUAAGAACACACGUUUCGAUCGAUUUUUACUUCCUUGUACGAAGUAAAAAGGAAGUAUUGUUAUCGCGAAAAGUUUCAGGCAGCAUAUUUCAACGAAAAUAUCCAUUUUGACCGCUAUCAAAUGCAAUUUAACGAUGUUUUUGCG